AUCGUUCAGUCCACAAGACUCCUGGAAGUGGCCAAUGGAUGUGACUAAUUAUUUUCCAUUCCAGCUUGAAAGCCAGAAAUCUUGUUAAGUUAUUAUUAUUUUUUCCUUUAAAUCUAUCUGGUCUCAGUGGUAGUGUGUUGUCGCCUCUGCGAGCUGUCCGGUGGCUCUCCAAAAAACCUCCCUGCUGGACAGAGAUGAGUAGUCCCGAUGCGGGUUACGCCAGCGACGAUCAGACCCAGGCAAGGUGUACGAUGUCAGUCAUGAUGCCUGGAAUGGGACACUGCCAGUGGGCCGACCCUAUCAGUCCUCUUGGGGACACCAAAGUGAAAAACGAGCCGUGCGCCUCCAGCUCCGGCAGCCAGAAUCGCGGGAAGAGCGAGCCGCGGAUCCGACGGCCCAUGAACGCGUUUAUGGUCUGGGCAAAGGAUGAGCGCAAGAGACUGGCGCAGCAAAAUCCGGACCUGCACAACGCCGAGCUGAGCAAAAUGUUGGGGAAAUCGUGGAAAGCCCUUCCUGUCACAGAAAAGCAGCCCUUUGUGGAGGAGGCCGAGCGGCUGCGGGUUCAGCACAUGCAGGAUCACCCCAACUACAAGUACCGGCCCCGGCGCCGGAAGCAGGUGAAGAGGAUUAAGAGGCUGGACUCUGGUUUUCUAGUGCACGGUGUGUCCGAUCACCAGGCCCAGUCGAUGUCCGGGGACGGCAGAGUGUGUGUGGAGAGCCUGGGCCUGGGCUACCACGAGCACGGCUUCCAGCUUCCUCCACAGCCGCUCAGCCACUACCGAGAUGCUCAGGCUCUCGGAGGCCCCUCUUAUGAAACCUACAACCUCCCAACCCCUGACACCUCUCCUCUGGACGCUGUAGAGUCAGACUCCAUGUUUUUCCCUCCACAUUCACAAGAGGACUGCCACAUGAUGCCUGCGUACGCUUACCACUCCCAGGUGGCAGAGUACCAGCCCCAGGACCCCCUCUCCAACCACCACAGCAAUCCCAUCCUGCACCGACACCCCACCUCGGCUCCAGAGCAGCCUGCCACCCUUCCCCCUUCCUACAUGGGAUGCCCCAACCCUCUGGCCAUGUAUUACACCCAGCACUGCAGUCCCAGCCACCCCAAGCGGCAUCCUGGUGGGGCAGGACAGCUCUCCCCCCCUCCUGACUCCCACCCUCACUCAGCAGACAGCGUGGAGCAGAUGCACCACUCUGAGCUGCUAGCCGAGGUGGACCGCAGCGAGUUCGAGCAGUAUUUGAGUUCCUCUUCGGCGCGUGCGGACAUGACAGGCUUGCCGUACGGGCCACAUGAGGCUGGCAUGCAAGGACCUGAAAGCCUCAUAUCAUCGGUGCUGUCAGACGCCAGCACAGCUGUGUAUUACUGUAGCUACAACAACUCCUAACCUCCUGCCCAGCCUGUUACCCCGCUGCAAGGACACUUGAUCUGACCUCAAAUCUCUGUAGCUAAAUUUGAAACAAAAAUGUUUUUGUUUUGUUUUUUUAAAUUUGUUUUUCACUGCUAGCACAGAAGGUCCAUGAGAUUUUAAAAGGAAGCUUUGAAGAAGACUGUUGUACUGUAUCUGUCUAAGAAAAGAAUAUUUUACACUGGUUUUAACUUUUUCCUUCCACCCUUGCAGGGAUAUGAAUUCAUUUUGUGAUAAUAAAUAUUGUACAGUCACUAUUUUAAAGUUUAUGUAUAUACUGAAGGUGGUUUUUUUUUUAUACUUUUUGCACUUUCGAGAAAUAAAUUUUUGCAAAUAGA